CUCUACGUGGUGAUAGACGAUCUUCGGUGUGGGCAGGAAUCCUAGUCAAAGGAGUUUUUUUCCUUGGCAGAUCUGGUGGCCGUUUGAACGGGAAGGCUCUGCGGAGAGGAUGUAAGAUGGCAGAGCUACAAAUGUUGUUAGAUGAGGAGAUUCCCGCCGGUAAAAGAGCGCUCGUGGAGAGUUACCAGAACCUGACCAGAGUCGCGGACUACUGCGAAAACAAUUAUGUCCAGGCGGAGGACAAGAGGAAAGCGCUGGAGGAGACCAAAGCCUACACCACCCAGUCGCUGGCCAGCGUGGCCUACCAGAUCAAUGCCUUAGCCAACAACGUCCUGCAGCUGCUGGACAUCCAGGCCUCGCAGCUGCGCCGCAUGGAGUCCUCCAUCAACCACAUCUCCCAGACCGUGGACAUCCACAAAGAGAAGGUUGCCCGGCGGGAGAUCGGGAUCCUGACCACCAACAAGAACACAACCAGGACCCAUAAGAUCAUCGCUCCGGCCAACAUGGAGCGGCCGGUCAGGUACAUCAGGAAGCCCAUCGAUUACAACGUCCUGGACGAUGUGGGCCAUGGCGUCAAGUGGCUGAAAGCCAAGCAGCACGGAAACAAUCAGGCGGUCAGGACGGGAACCCUGUCCAGGACCAACCCGCCCACGCAGAAGCCGCCCAGCCCGCCCAUGUCCGGGUGGGGCACGCUGGGGCGCAACACGCCCUACAAGACCCUGGAGCCCGUCAAGCCGCCCACGGUGCCCAACGACUACAUGACCAGCCCCGCCCGGCUGGGCAGCCAGAGCAGCCCCGGGCGCACGGCGUCGCUCAACCAGAGGCAGCGCACUCACAGUGGCAGCAGCGGCGGCAGCAGCAGCCGCGAGAACAGCGGCAGCGGCGGGAUCGGCCUCCCCAUGGCCGUGCCCACACCCUCCAUCCCCAACGCUGCAGCAGCUCCGUUCGUGCCCGCUCCCCCCGGAGCCCCGCCCCCACCCCCUCCUCCACCUGCUCCUCCCAUGGCCGGUGGGGGCCCCCCACCCCCCCCGAUACCUCCACCUGCUCCUCUCAUGGCCGGUGGGGGCCCCCCACCCCCUCCGAUGCCUCCACCUGCUCCUCCUAUGGCCGGUGGGGGCCCCCCACCCCCUCCGAUGCCUCCACCUGCUCCCCCUAUGACGGGGCCCCCCCUGACUGUACCGCCACCUCCUCCCCUAUCUCCUCUAGUGGUGGCCGCCGGGCCCGGUCUGGGCCCCGCCCCGAUGUCCCAGUUCGGAACCAUGUCCAGGCAGAUCUCGCGGCACAACCCCAACAACUCCUCUGUCUCUAUGGUUUCGGCCACCGGCACGUACCGGCGGGCGCCGUCGGUGUCCUCGCAGUUCUCCCUGCAGCAGCAGCAGCCUCACGUUAACGGAGGCACUCCUGGUUACCAGAACUCAAUGUCUGUCGCUCCUCCUCCUCCUCCUCCCCCCCCCAUGCCCCAGCUGACUCCACAGAUACCUCUGACUGGCUUUGUGGCCAGGAUGCAGGAGAGCAGAUCCGCAGUGGGCCCCCAAGAUCUACAUCGAGAAAGUGGUGGCCAUCUACGACUACGCCAAGGACAAGGACGACGAGCUGUCGUUCCUGGAGGGCGCCAUCAUCUACGUGGUGAAGAAGAACGACGACGGCUGGUUCGAGGGCGUGUGCAACGGCGUGACCGGCCUGUUCCCCGGGAACUACGUGGAGCCCAUCAUGCACUACGCCGACUGACGGAGUAUUUAUUCAGUCAUAUCCUAACCCGCUGAGUGACCGUAAUCGAAAGAAUCUCUUCUUGGUGUGACGGGGGCGGGGAAAGGGGCGGAGCUCUUCGCUGAACAAAGAUUUUGAUUGACAGGUGAACGCUUUCUGAUCAACGGCUUUAGUUUGGGGAACAAAUACGAAACUUUUCCUGCUAGUUUGUAAAUGAUGUGAGACGCAGGAGAUGAAACUGGUCACUUUUACCCCAAAAACAAACUUUGAGGUUAAAGCAUGCAGAUAUAUUCUAAUCUUAGGUCUUUGGCUUCCUUUAUGUUGUAAAUGCAGUCUGGUUUUGUUCAUUACACUGUUUAAAAAUCACUGAACUGUUUAUGCUAAACUCUUCCCAUGAACUUUUUUUAUUGAAAUCAAAGACAGAUUCCUUUUUUUUUUGAGGGUCUUCAUGAACCGGGCUCGUUUGAGAUGCUGCUGCUCCGAAACAUUCCCAAAUCUACCACAAUAAAAGUGGGCAGAAGCAA